AUGGCUAAUGCACUACGCUACAGCUACCUAAGAGGUCCAGGAGCCAUUGAUUCUGAUGAUCAUCGUCCUCUCAAGAAGAGAUUCGUGGUUGGUCAUCAACAGGCACCGCAGCAGGCACCGCAGGCACCGCAGCAGGCACCGCGGCAACAGGCACUGCAGCAGGCACCGCGGCAACAGGCGCGGCAACAGGCACCGGCGCAAGAGGAACCGCCGCAAGAGGAUCCGCCGCAAGAGUGUUUGGGGAGAGUCGUGGUUCGUCAUCAACAGGCACCGCAGCAGGCACGACGGCAACAAGCACCGCAUCAGGCACCACGGCAACAGGCACCGGAGCAGGAGGAUCCGCCGCAAGGGUGUUUGGGGAGAGUCGUGGUUCGUCAUCAACAGGCACCGCGGCAACAGACACCGCAGCAGGCACGACGGCAACAAGCACCGCAUCAGGCACCACGGCAACAAGCACCAGAGCAGGAGGAUCCGGAAGAAGACGCUAAUACCGCGGAGCCGCCACCUCCUCUUCCUUGCCGAUACAGGUCUCUGCGGAGCCUGUUUAAAACUUGUCCUCUACUCGGCUGUUUCCUGAAAGUUGAGCAAAAUCGCAGCCACUGCUGCUACGGCCAUUUUCAGUUGGCACGAGAAUUUGCCCAACGAGCUGUGGCUUUUCAUUACUUCGACGGAUUCCUUGAUGGAGAACAUCGAAAGAGGGUUUGUAUCUUGGCUCUGCUGAACAGUGUCCGAGGCUUACAAACAGGUGUUCCAAAUCUGGAUCACGUUGCUGGAUUAUUCACCACACUUCCUUGGCAGCUAAAGAUCAUACCAGAAAAUGCAGGAAAUUGGCUAUUUUUCAAGACACCCCCACUACGCUACACAUCGAUGAGCUACACAUCGACGAACUGUGGCACUAAGCCGCCGGCCAUCUGGUGGAAAAAAAAUCCAUUCCUAAGUAUUGGUUUCGAGGGGUUUGAUCAUCCACCUGUUAAGUACACCCUGUUUCUGAUGGAUGGUGGUGAUGACCAUCACAGGCAGUUGGCUAAAGACUGGAGACUCCAUCUCUUCCAGUGCCAAGAACUCUCCCUUUACUGCCUCUCAACUGGUGGUAGCUUGAUCUUCGCUCAACCAGAACCAAAAUUGGUAAAGAAACAAAAUCCUGGUGAUGGUGAUACUUCUCCCACAGACAGAGACCCUAACCCUGUUUCAAAAAUUGCUUCUUCAAAACGCCACCGCAACCUGCCUUCUACUUCUAACUCUUCAUCUGUACCGCAAGUUCCUGUUGGUAACCCACAAGGCAGAGGCAGAAAUUCGAUGUUGUCUUUUUUGGCUGUGACGGAAGGGGUUGCAUGUCGUGAUGGUGAAACUGUAGAGUUGCAACAGAUUAAGGCAAAGAAGAAGAUUGGUCCAUCAUUUGCUCUCAAAAACCUUGCCAAAACUCUGUUUAAGGUCUGUGAGCUUCAUCCACAGGAUGUUGUUUUCAAGGAUCAGAAAGAUGCUCAGAAAAUGUAUAGAUUCAAUGAUCUUUCGCUGGCAGGCAAAGAGACGAUGGAUCAGUGAACUUCGCUGCCAAUAUUCUAAAACAGUUCUUUUGUAGAAUACCCUUAUGUUCGUUAAUAAGUUUGAGGUACUCUUUUUUCGCGUAGCAAAACAAAUACCAUGUCCCUAUUGAUACGAUAUCUGUGAAAGUUUCAUAUAUCCUUAUACGGAACGUUUCAUA